GCGCAGAAGGAGAUAUCAAAGCUCCAAAGUUCCAGCGCUUUUGCAAGAGUCGUUCGCGAUAUCCUCGAGACGAUGCACCCCGGUGUAUACCUCUUGAACUUGCCGAAUUUGAGGACCGAGAACGGAUUAUGCCACACCGGCGGCUGCUUGGACAGCUUCACGCUGGCUCAUUUUCCGUGCGACGUGCACAAGGCUGCCACGGCAUUGAAGCACGUGCUGAAGCCGAGUGAAGCCGAGAUCAGCGGCAUCGUCGACCGUCAACACUGGCUUGCUGAUGUCGACUGA